AGUUUGACUGAGAUGUCAAAAAAAACGUCAGAUUAGAGGGCAAUUAAAAUGAAGAACUUAGGUUUAUAGACAAUUAGUCUCAGUCUAUGAAGUCUUAUGUAAUGAAACAAAAUGCAGAUUGCAUUUUGCAUGUCUGAAAAAAUACAGUCACAAUCCUGAGAAGUAAUGUUCACAGAGAUUCACGCAUUAUAUAGCUAUAGUGGUGUGCAAAUGACAUUGGUUUUCAAAAAUGGUGGAAAGGUUCAGUGAUUCCAGGUUUCAGCUACCUUCCCCAAAUACCUCCCUCUUCUGCUCUAAUCCCAACUCCUUGGCAUGGCCCACCACACAUGCGAUAUCAUCUUCCCUACACCAGCUGGACAGGAAAGAGUUCUCACAGCAAAAACCUCAGAGAAAGUUUGUCUUUGAUUGCAUUGGCACUGAGAGACAGGUUUGGAGCUGUUGAUAAAAUUACCAUUGUUGCUGACAUUGUUAUUCAUACAAAGGAACUAUUAAUUGCCAUUGACCUGCACUUGAGACCUUUAAUUAUGUUCACGUAAAAGUCAAGGCAUAUAGCUUGACUUUUUCAAGAAUUUCACAACGAGAAUGAAAUAUCUCAGAUGCCUUGAAAAUUACCCCAGCUGACAUUUGGAAAGCUUAAAAAAAAACACAGUGGCGUUCUUCCAAAUAGUAACAUCAUACAUAACGCGCACGGCUAACAAAAGACUCAGACAGUGCUCAGUCUCACGCGCUGAUGAGUCUGAAUUCCCUCCGUAAUCACUGAACUGCUGCUUGUCAGUUCUUCCUGGAUUUAAAACUUCACCUAAACUGCCUGGAAAGACGAGAAUAAGAACCUUUUAAAAAUGACUGAAACUCCUCUACUGAGCAUUCCCUACUCAAACCAGAGUGAAAACAAGAGCAACUCAACUGCUUGCCCAGACUUGGAUAACUGGUGGGAAAUCGUGUACUACUUAGUACCUAAGUGUAUCGACAUCGUCUGUAUUACUGGAAUUCUUGGAAAUCUAUUAGUUCUCUUUGUUUACUUAAUGCACAAGAGCCCCCUGAAGAUAUCUGAAACCUAUCUUGUGAACCUAGCUGUUGCUGAUCUUAUUUUCCUGGUAUGUCUCCCUUUCUGGGCAGAGAACAUCCGAAAUGAGUAUAACUGGCCAUUUGGAAAUUUUCUUUGUCGUAGUGCCAGCGCAUCCAUCCACCUAAACAUGUACACGAGCAUUUACUUGCUAGUAGCAGUCAGUCUGGAUCGCUAUUUGACUUUUGUUCAUACCUUGACACACAGAAGAAUACGUACUAAAGCUACAGCCAAAGGGAUCUGCUUGCUCACCUGGAUCUUUGGGAUUCUUCUCAGCGUCCCAACCUUUAUGUUUCGGAAUGUGAAACACCUUCCUGAGUUGAAUAUCUCUGCAUGUGUUUUAGACUUCCCCACCCCAUCAUGGACAAUGGCUAAUCGUCUGAUAUUCAACAUAGUGGGGUUUGCAGUGCCAUCAACAGUAAUAAUCGUCUUCAAUUUCCAUACCAUUCGCUCCCUACAGGAACACACAAAAGAACAAAGAGCAUUCAGGACAAAGUGUUGCAAGGACCUCAGAGACACAAAGGCCGCAAGGUCGAUCUUCUUAGUGGUAUUGAUGUUUCUUGUGUGCUGGACUCCUUACCAUCUUGUUACAUUCCUUGAUAUAUUAUUCCAGAUGAAACUGAUACAAGGCUGUUUCUGGGAGGAUUUUCUCAAUUUUGGUGAACAGUUUAGUUCUACUCUGGCUCUCACCAGCAGCUGCAUUAACCCAAUAAUUUAUGUCUUUGCUGGGAAAUAUUUCAGGCAAAAAGCUUUAGAAGUUUUUUCACAGUUUUUCUGCUGUGGGCGUUUUUUGAGCCAAGUAUCCUUCCAAGAAAAGCUUUCAUAUUUCAAUUUGUUUCCACUCAAGAGUAGUUUAACUUCGUGAUUCUCAGUUCCAUCUUAAUUUUGAUAUUACAACUUAUUUUUAAUUGCAUUAAAAAGGAACAGGAGUUGCAUUGUUUCAGCAUUCUCAGAAUAAGUUAAUUAUUUAUUAAGUUAAGUCACUUUACUGUUUAUUUGUCCCUGGGUUUGCUUCUCCUUUUCUGUGUUACCAUCCAAACGUAUAACGUGUGACACCUGAAUUUUAUACCAAAUGAUCUAACUUGUCUCAUCAGUUAUCAGAGACUGGAAAGAAAAUUUCUUUGACAAAGUAUCAGAAGUCUGUUUUCUUUACAAAAUGCUAUAAAUUGAUUGAAUAAUUUAUUAUAUUGUAUCUAUGGUAACAGCUAUUGUACCACCAGAAACACUAUGCAAAGAGUUACAACCAAUAUUACAGAGCAAUUAUGAGCUUAAAUUUCGGCUGAUAGCUGCAUUUGAGCAAUUACAGAACAGACUCAGCUAUUUUUAUCAGUACUUUAAAUGGGUUGUAUUUUCAGUGUAAUGUAUUGAAAAUUUGAAGAACUGUUCAUUUAAAAUGCAUUUGUUGCAAAAAUAUUGUAUAUAAAAUGUAGCACAAAGGAAAUGCACAUGAACUGUAAUAAAAGUCCAGUAUCAUCCUCAAAA